AUGAUAUUCCGACCGAUACUAAUCGUCCUAUCGCUGAUAUCAGCAGUCUACGCUGUCAAGUUCGAUUUAGUUGCUGAUAGGUAUCCUAAACCUCGUACGUUUAUAUGGAACUUUGCAGCCGCCCAUUCGUUGGUGAUAGUGACAGCCAACGUACCGUAUGAGAAUGGACAAAGAGUGGAUAUCGAGAUUCUAGAUGGAUCAGAGAGGGGGAACGUAUACCUGAAUAAGAAGGAUAUCAAAGGAGAAACUAGAUUGGCUAUUACCACGCAUGAGUCAGCGGAUGUUGGAGUAUGCUUAAGGAAUUACCUAGAAAGUGACUCUCAUGAGAAAUUAUCGAGAAGUGUGGAUUUGGAUGUGGAUAUUGGUGCAGAUGCAAUAGAUUACAAUGCCAUAGCCAACCAGGAAUCACUAUCCAUCCUCGAAGUGGAAAUGCGUAAACUCGAAGCUGUCGUAAAAGAAAUAGUAGAAGAGAUGGGUUAUCUACAGAGGAGAGAGAUGAGAAUGAGAGAUACUAAUGAAAGUACCAAUUCUCGAGUCAAGAACUUUUCCAUCCUUAUAACGGUCGGCAUAAUUGGACUAGGUGCAUGGCAGCUCAUCCACUUACGGUCUUUCUUCAAACGAAAGUACCUGAUUGAUUAG